AUGAAGUUUCGAUGGCAAAUAGUUUUGGGUACUUUUGUUGGUUUUUGUGGAGCGGCGUUUGGAAGCGCUGGUGGUAUUGGUGGUGGUGGAAUAUUUGUUUCUAUGCUUACUCUUAUUAUUGGAUUUGAUCCCAAAUCAGCCACUGCUAUCUCAAAAUGUAUGGUGAUGGGUGUAUCCCUUGCAGCAGCUUACUACAACCUUAAACUGAGACAUCCUACAUUAAAUAAGCCAAUAAUUGACUAUGAUUUGGCACUUCUCAUUCAACCUAUGCUCAUGCUUGGUAUCAGCAUUGGAGUUAUCUGCAACGUUAUAUUUCCUGAUUGGCUUGUAACAAUAUUGCUUAUUGUUAUUUUCUUAGGCACAUCAACUAAGGCAUUUUUUAAAGGGGCUGAGACAUGGAAAAAGGAAACCCUAGUGAAAAAGGAGGAGGCUGCCAGGAGACAAGAAUCAAUUGCUGAAGAUGAAGCAGAAUACGAAGCUCUUUCAACUGGACCAAAUGGUGGCAUUGAAAACAAAAUCGAGGUGACUAUAAUUGAGAACGUGGACUGGAAAAUGUUUGGACUUCUUGCAUUAGUUUGGGUUUCAUUCAUUGCAAUACAAAUUGCUAAGCAAAACACAUCUACAUGUUCAACAACAUAUUGGGUACUGAACUUUUUACAGAUUCCAAUCUCAAUUGGAGUAUCUUCAUAUAAGGCAACUGCAUUAUUCACAAGGAAAAGAGAAAUAUCUUCCACAGGUGAUCAAGGGAAAGAAUUUACAGUUACCAAACUUAUCAUUUAUUGUGUCUUUGGCCUACUGUCCGGUGUAAUCGGUGGAUUGUUGGGACUAGGAGGCGGAUUCAUUAUUAGUCCACUUUUUCUGGAACUGGGAAUCCCUCCACAAGUGUCAAGCGCCACAACAACGUUCAUCAUGAUAUUCUCUUCGUCUAUGUGUGUCGUGGAAUACUUCAUGUUGAAACGAUUUCCAGUUCCUUAUGGUUCGUGUUAUCGAGAACUUCUAGCUUUUUUUUAG